AUGGUGUUGAACAGGAUAUCAGACGCCGUUCGCGCUGGGAAGUCAGAAUUCCAUAGACCGAAAUCAAAUGUGCGAAAAGGGAACGUUUACCGGCUGCCAACCAACAGGGCAUGGGUACUUGGUACUUGGUACUUGCAGGCUUGCCUGGCUCGUGCCUAUCUUCCUCGGACAGACCAUAAGCAGACAGGCAUGCGUAGCCACGGCUGCAAGGCUGCCCUGGGAUGGGCAACAUGGGUCAGAAACGGCCAGGCUGGGUCCCGAGUAGUAUUCGCGCAAAGCAACCUGGUGUGCAAUUGGAUGCAUGCCAAAAACCAAUCGACUGACUUGUACGACGUGCAACCUGCAUGGUUGAAGUGGUACAUUGCUGCAGAGGCCCAGUUUUCCAAUACUUAUUCUCGCCGUGGCAUGGAAUGGUUAAAGAUAUGGAAAACUGAGCCCAUUGGUGACAAGGUUUGA